GGGUUAGCUUAUCUUAUUUGGUCUCCAUAAAUAACACCACAUAUCAUCGAGAGUUCGAGACCAACUAAGCUACUACUCGAAGAAGAUGAAGACCGCCAUGACUACUUCCACCCUUCUCUUCCUCCUCCUCGCCGGCCUCACCGCCGCCGCCCUCGGCACGGCGGACGACGACACCACCACCAACACCAUACGCCUCCCGACCGACGGAGGAUCAGCACAGCAGGCGCCGACGAAGAAGAAGCCGUGGAAGUGCUGCGACAACAUCGAGCGGCUGCCGACGAAGACCAACCCGCCGCAGUGGCGCUGCAACGACGAGCUGGAGCCCAGCAAGUGCGUGGCACAGUGCGAGGUGUGCCAGGAGGCGCCGGGGCCAUUCCCGGGCCCGCUCAUCUGCAGCGACGUCUACUGGGGCGCCGACCCGGGUCCCUUCUGCACGCCGCGGCCGUGGGGAGAUUGCUGCACCAACACCACCUGCACCAGGUCGAUCCCGCCGAUCUGCCGCUGCAACGACAAGGUGAAGAAGUGCGCCGCCGCGUGCAAGGAUUGCAAGCGGGUGAAGUCGUCGAAGCCUCCUCGCUACGUCUGCCAGGACCAGUUCACCGGCCAGCCAGGGCCCAAGUGCAAACACUCGUGCGAGAACUAGCUGCAGAUCGAUAUGUAUGAUCGAUCGAUCGAUCUGUGUCCGUCAAUAAAACUCGCCCUAGCUAGCAGCUAGCUGAUCGUUCGUUCGAUCAUUCAGUGUUGCUAGCUAGCUCCAUAUUCAGAGCUCUGCUAUAGCUUGAGAGUGUUUUGCUGCAACUCGCUUAGCUUAAUUACGUGUUUAAAUUGUGUGUUGUCUCGUGUGAACGAUGGUCUAGCCAGUGACCAAGAGCAAAAUAAAUGAAUAAAUGUUGCCAUGUUGCGCUGUCAUCGUAAAUAAUAAGUUGAAUAAUGAGUGAUCUCUA